UUGACCAAAAAUUGUCAUCCCAAAUUCAUUGCCCUAGAGCUGCUCCUAGCAGGAAGGUAGGAGAUUAUCGCUGGCAGGGACAGUAUGGCGGAUAGGGACGAUAUCCGCCUCUGGCUUGACGCGGAAGAGCUAGAGCACCGGGAAGUGACGGGGAAUUCGGCAAUCCCGGAGAAACGAGGCAGGCGAUGACGACUCGGAGUCGGACCCAUUCCGUGACGGAGGCAGCACAGGAAGGGGUGUGGGGGUGGCCAGGAGCAGCGAGCGCGAGGAAGCGGCGGGAAGCGAGAGAGCAAGCGCGCGGGAAGGAGAUCAGCGGGAAGGCGCGAGGACUGAGGGAGAGAGGGGUGAGGCCGCGGGGAAGGGACGGAGAGGGGGAGACGGAGAGGGGUGAGACGGAGAGGGGUGAGACGGAGAGGGGUGAGACGGAGAGGGGUGAGACGGAGCGGGAGGCGGUUGAGCGGCGCAUGGCGGCUGCGACGGUGAUUAUAGCGGAAGAGACAGGUAGGUGCGUACGCAGGAUGUGGCCAAAAUUAUCUUUAAUGGGCGGAGUGGUUUGGAGCGUGGACUCUGAAAUUCUAGUGAACGGGAGUGGUAGACGAUUGUCCAAAAUGGGAUGGGGUCUGGUUUUGAGGCGCAUGAAAACGUGACUGUAAGGUGCUUGUCAUUUUAAAGAGAUUCUUACAAAAAACUCCAAUGUGAGUGGUCGGCGCGUGUAGAGGAGGAGAUCAGGAAUGAGUUAAGGUGGAGCAAGUGAGUGAUGAUCCGGAGCAGUGGC